AGGCCGCUCCAUCCCAGCCCGGCGGGGAGGCCAUCUGGCCUUGCAGAACAUCCCGGAGACCGGCAGCACAAUUCACCCACCAUGGUGAAGAUCUUUGUAGGGGGCCUGUCUCCUGUGGUGACGGCCGAGGAGCUGCGGAAGCUCUUUGAGCAGUACGGGCAGGUGAACGAGUGCGACAUCCUCAAGAACUUUGCCUUCGUGCACAUGGAGAAGGAGGACGAGGCCCACCAGGCCAUCAGCGCCCUGCACAAGAGCGAGUUCUACGGGGCCCACCUGACGGUGGAAUACGCCACCUCCAAGAUCCGAAACGCUACCAAGAUCUACGUGGGGAACGUCUCCGCCAAGGCCACCACCUCCCAGAUCCGCCAGCUCUUUGAGAGGUUCGGCAAAGUGGUGGAGUGCGACAUCGUCAAGAACUACGCCUUCGUCCACAUGGCCAAGGAGAGGGAGGCGAUGGACGCCAUCUUGAACCUCAAUGACACCCCUCUGGAAGACCAGAAAAUCUUCGUCACCCUUUCUAAGAGCAACAGCUCCCUGCGGGCCGCCAAGGGGGUGGCGGGGGCGACGGCGGUGCCCACCCCGCCUCCUCCGUCCCCGAGCUACUACUUCUCCAGGGGGCGGCUGCCACCCCCGCCCCCGGCCUACACCCCCUACUGCCCCCGGGCCUGGUACGACAGAGAGUACUGCGACCGCUACUCGUACGAGCUGUACGACCGGGCCCGGGCCGCCUACGACCGGGCCUUGCCCCCUCCCCCUGCCGCCUAUAGGGAAAGGAGCCCCGUGGGCAGGCGGACAGCUGCCUCCACCGCCGUCGUGGCCCAGUACGCCGACCCGUACGCAGCUGCUGCUGCUGCGGCAGCCGCUGCUGCCGCCACCGCCGCCGCCAACCAGACCUACAACCCGGCCUACAGCCAGCCAGGGUAUGCAGCCGCUGCUGCCGCUGCCGCCACAUACUCCCAGUACAGCAUAGGAACCGCCUACAACGUGGCGGAGUACUACGAGAGGUACGCCAGCGCAUAUGCCGCCCAGUAUGCGCAGACCUUCUGA